CCCAGGCAUGGGCUCCUCUGUCCAGCUAGCAAGGACCCUUUGUGCUUACCCUAGGCCCUGGUACCUGUCACCUACUUCUCAUCAAUACCCAGAAAGAUGGCUGGUCCAUGGAUUGUCACCUUCCUCUACGGUUUGCUGGGAGCCACAUUGGUCCAAGCUGACCUUCGGCCCCCUGCUGUGCUCAACCUGGGCCCAGAAGUCAUCAAGGAUCAACUGACCCAGGCACUGGAGAACCACAAUGCCAUUGCCAUCCUCCAGGAGUUGCCACUGCUUAGUGCCAUGCAGAAUAGGCCUGGGAGCAUCCCCAUGCUGGACAGCCUAGUGCGCACUGCUCUGAGAUACAUUGUCUGGAUGAAGGUCACCUCGGCUAACAUCCCCCAGCUGGUUGUGCAGCCUUCAACCUAUGACCAGGAGCUGAUUGUCAGAAUCCCCCUGGACAUGGUGGCUGGACUCAACACGCCACUGAUCAAGACCUUAGUGCAGUUCCAAAUGAACACGGAGGUCCAAGCCCUCAUCCGGGUGGAGAAAAGCAAGAGAGGCCCCGCCCACCUGAACCUGAGUGACUGCUCCAGCAGUGAGAACACCCUGCGCCUCAGCCUGCUGAACAAGCUCUCCUUCAUGGUCAACUCCUUGGCAAAUAAUGUCAUGAAUCUCCUGGUGCCAGCCCUGCCCCAAAUGGUGAAAAACCAGCUGUGCCCUGUGAUCCAGCAAGCCUUCGAUGACAUGUACAAUGACUUCCUGAGGCUGGCAACAGCACCCGUUGCCCUCAGCCCUGGAGCCUUGGAUUUUGGCCUUCUGUCUCCUGCUAUCCAGGACAGUAAUAUCGUGUUCAACCUGAAGGCCAAGCUGCUGGACUCACAGGCAAGGGUGACCCAGUGGUUCAACAGCUCUGUGGCUUCCCUGAUGGAGACCACCCCCGACGGGGCCCCUUUCAGCCUGCUUGUGAGGCAGGACCUGGUGAAUGCCAUUGUGAACACCCUGGUCCCCAAGGAGGAGCUUGUGAUCCUGCUGAGAUUUGUGAUUCCUGAGGUGGCCCGUGAGCUACAGGCGAACAUCAAGGAGAUCAAUGCAGAGGCAGCAAACAAGCUGGGGCCCACCCAGAUGGUGAAGAUGGCCACUCAGAGCAGCCCCCAGAUCGUGCUGAAUGAAGGCAGUGCCAAAGCAGCCCAAAGUAUCAUCCUGGAAGUGUUCCCAACCAACACAGAUGUCCGGCCCUUCUUCUCCCUCGGCAUUGAGUCCAAUUAUGAAGCUCAGUUUUUCACAGAAGGUGACCGGCUUAUGCUAGACUUCAGUAACAUCAGUAUUGAGCGCAUCAAGCUGAUGAUCUCAGAUAUUGAACUGUUCGAUCCUGAAAUCCUGAAGGGCACCCUGACCAAGAUCCUGGAAUACACAUUGCUGCCCAAUGAGAAUGGCAAACUGAGAAAUGGAAUCCCCGUGUCAAUGGUGAAAGCCUUGGGAUAUAAGAAAUCUGUGUGGUCUGUGAACAAGGGUGCCCUCAAGCUCACCCCAGCCUCCUCCUAGAACCCUGGCUCUCCUCCCUCCUGAUGAAGACCUGGAUAGUAGCUGGCCAGCACAAGCCAGGUCCCAGCUGGAAGUGCGGGAGCCAUCUACGUAGACUAUCCCCCUGCAAUCAAUAAACACUUGCCGGUG